GUGCCCCAUCGAGAGCGAAAUGCAGGGAGCCAUGGGCCUGGAGCCUCUGCACAGGAAAACGGGCUCCUUGGAUUUGAAUUUUUCCAUCCCUUCUCCUGCCCGGCAGCCCCUCUCCUCCAUGGCAGCUAUCCGGCCGGAGCCGAAGCCCUUGCCCCGGGAAAGGUACCGUGUUGUGGUGCCCUACCCGCCGCAGAGCGAGGCCGAGAUCGAGCUGAAGGAAGGCGACAUCGUGUUUGUGCACAAGAAGCGGGAGGACGGCUGGUACAAAGGGACGCUACAGAGGAACGGCAGGACGGGCCUCUUCCCCGGCAGCUUCGUGGAGAGCUUCUGAGGAGAACUCUGCCACCUGGCGGGGCCUGCAGGGGAGAUCCCAGAGCACAAGAAGAGACAGCAAAGGGAAACUUGACUGAUGACCACUGCCAUUUUUAUUUCCAAAGACUCCCCCAGGCCCUCCAGUCUGCAGCUCUGGAGACAGAGCGCCCCGCUGUGCUUCUGAGGCCACGUGCGGUGCAUACAGUGGUAUGUUGAAGUAGUGCCUUCCACCGGGAAUCACGGACUGAAAGGACGCCCGUUUGGACUGUACGUAACCCGAACUCCAGCUGUUAACCCUUUGUGUAAAUUAUAGAGAAAAUAUCUUUAAAAAAAGAGUAAGAGGAAAGUUGUUAUAUUGCUGUAACUUAUUUGUCAGAGCUGCAGUGUUCUUAUUACUGGCCUAUGCAAGAUGGAUUUGAGAGUUCACGGAGGUGUGCCAGGAAGCUCUUAAACUGGGAUUUUGUUUUUCGUGAGGGCAAAAGAGGGAGGGGAGGGUGGAGAAAAACCCAGGUAAGAUUUGUGCAUCGUCAUGCAAGAAAGAAUGAAGAGUCCAAAACAUUAGUGUCAUGCUUUCUAUAUACCUCAAAGAUAUGCUGCGAGAGUUUGUCAGUAAACGUGUCAGUGCUCAGAGUCCCACAUCACUCGGUGCCCCAGUGUUAUCGCUGGGAAGAUCCUGGAGGAAGAUCAGCUCCACCGUGCAGCUGUGGUUAUUUGAGCAGAAUCCCUUUUGCCUGUCUUCUGCCCUUCUUAUAUGCAGCAUGGAUUUUCGUCCGUCAGUAUCACUUUCCAUUGCUUUUUUGUAUGACGUACCUUUUUACUGUAAGAAUUGUUAUACUUUAUAUAUAUUCCUAAUAGAUCAGACAUUUCCUCUUUUUCAUAC